AUGCAUCAAACAGCCCAAGCUUCCCAAGACACCCAGAGCCGACGCCUGCCAGGCAACAUCUACUAUUUUCGCCCCUAUAGCCACUACUAUCUUUUGCUGUUCAUAUUUCUCGGAGCCUUCACGUGCUCCGGUCUCUCGGACUACUCUUCUCGAGGCACCUGCAUUCUCUUGUGGACGACUUAUAUAACCAUCACGCUUCUGUUGAUUGUUAUCGACCCACUGUGUGUGCUCGAGUUCAAGCGCAAGGAUGAGGAAGACCGUGAAGUAAUUCUGCGGCGUCCGGUGGUUGGCUUCAAGGCAUAUGAGGUGUUCAUUGAUCUGGAGGCCAUUGCGAAACGGGAAUAUACGGUCGAGGGCGGGGGUGAUGACGAGCGUCUCCAUGAUGGAUAUCGGUAUGGCCCUGCGUUUCUUCGGAUUUGA